AUGUAUCGAAUUACUCAUGGGCUUUGUGCACGUCUGCAAGCAAAUACUGCCCGCUUCAACUUAGCACUUCGUUCCGAAGAAUCAGCUUUACUUGAUGAAAUUGAAACGGACGUAUCUUCAUCCCUUUCGAAUGCAGAUAUCCUUAAGAAACAGCUAGUUGAUUGGACAAAGCUACAUUCUUCCUCUCUUUCCAUCUCCAUUGAUAAUUUGCGUUCCGCCGGUCUCAGCCAUGUAAAGUUUUCAUCUGACUAUCUGACUGAAUUAAUCAGCCAUAUUGAAGCUACUCGCAACGAUCAGGCUUCCCAAUUAGCCCUCGCCUCAAGUGCAUUACUUCAAAUUGCGCAAGCCAAACUGUUACCCAAAAAUUGUGACACCCAAUUCUUUGAAUCCGACCUUUCUAGCCUGAAACCUAGUACAGACGACCCUGGAGCCGCCACACUUACCUCACUUGCUGCGCAAAUACUUCCUUCCAAGUUGGAGGUCGAGGCUGAAGCGUGGAGUCGUUUUGCCCAACAACUAGAUAGACGAGAGUCCGAGUUUAAGGAGCGCACAUUUAGACCUGACACUGCCACAGAAUCUGGAGAGGUGAAUCCUAUUGAAAAUUUAAGCAAUGCAUCAGAGGCUCUGGAAGCUUUAUCCCUUUACUCUUCUGAUCAAUUCUCUGAACAGGCGACUAAACUGCAUUCACUAGAAGGCUUUUCCCACCAACUGAAUUCCAACACGGAAGAGAUGAAUAAAAGCCUGAAAGAUCUGAUUGGUAGUCUGUCCUGUAUAGCCCAGGAGGCGCCGUCACGAUUGGAUCAGGUACAACCUACUUACUUGCCAACCGGAGGAACUCCAAGUCGCUCUUUUAUUCAAAACCUUUCUUAUCCGAAUCGUCUCAUCUCUCCAAUACGGGCUUCUCAGGUUGUUGCCCAAUUUGUGCCUGAUAACAGAUCUCCGUCAAACAGAAGCAUAACUGACCUGACGGCAGACGAUAGUCUCCUUCAGACUUCUUAUAUGAAUUCAGAACCUGUAACCCCUGCACUCAAGGACCGUGAAUCAUAUCGCUUUUCGUCAAGUAUGCUGCUUCCUACUGCAAUUUCACUCCAGGCGGACAUUGCUAGGCGGUCACUUCACUUGCCACAAACAGAACAAGAAGAGGAAGGGGAAAACGAAAAUAAAAAUCGCGAUAGUAGCAGCGGCUUAGUUAGUUAUUAA